UGUUUAUUUACUCUUUAACGCCGAGAAACGGCGAGAGACGAGAAGCAUCAUGAAGGUCCUCAGGAUUCUGUCUCUCUCCGCUCUGAUGUGUCACAUGUCCACCUCCACAUCCCAGCACUUCAGAAAAGCUCUGUACCCAUCAGCCUUCAGAGUGAAGCGAGGGACGCCAGCUCUGCUCGACCCCUCGUUUCAGAGGUCUGUAGAGGAUGCCAACCUUCUCUACGAGGUGUUGUUAUCAGGAGCGCACAUGGACUCGGUGCAAGGAACGCUCCAUAUAUCAGAUGAGGAACUGGCGUCUCUGAGAAAGCUGGAUGUUCUUGAGGUUCUGUGUGAAGAUGUUCUGCCCAGAACUCUCUCUGAGAUUCAGCGCCUCAACUCUCAGCUGGCAAGGCACCGUGGAGAGCUACGGAUGGAGGACUUUGAGCGGACAGUCCUUACAAUGGUGUUCUCAGCACAACAACUCCAACAUACCAGCCCCGGCCAUCAGAGGGAGCUGUGGGCAAACAGCCUCUUACAACUCUAUAAAGCCAUUAAAGGAGACCUGCAGCUGGAGUGAAGACUGUUGUCUUCUACAAAAUACUAGAAACUCGUAAAAACACCUUAACUGGUGCAUCGCAGGUCAUGGACAGCAGGUUAAAAUCAAUGCUAAGUGCACAAAGAAACAUAGUGGACAAUAUAUAAUCAAGUAAAUAUUCCUAUUCAGUCUGUUUUGUUCAUAAUUUUGCAUAUUGUUGGGCCUAUGCAGUUCAUGGUAAGAUUAAUACAUUUCAGCACAUUUUGUUUACUUUGGUAUGAUGCACACUUUUGGUACUGUGUUGGGUUGAGACCUGACCAGUGUUCUGUUGUGCUGUUAUCGUUAUUUGGCGUGCAUCUCAAGAAUGUUUGCAUAAGUUCACCUUCACAGUGACAAAUCACAUUCUUUGCAUAAAAUGUAUUGUCAGAUUUGAUGGCACAGUAUUGGAGAAUGAGUUCUAGUGUCCUUUGGCACGGCAAAACCUGUUCGUCCGCUCUGCUGAAAUGUUUGUGACUGGAAAUAUAUGCAGUUAUAUAAUAUAAAGAGACAAUAUAGCAGCGAGCAUGACUGACAAUAAAACUGUAAAGCUUUGGUGCUGCAUUAAAAGA